UCCCAGGCUUUUCCAAACAAGUGCGGGACAGAAUUGCAGGCAGGAGCCGAGGCUCAGACCAGACUUGUUGAUCUCCGCGAAGAGGCGGCGGGAGGAAAGCCGAGAGAGGAAGCCGAGCAGCCCGGAUUGAGUCCCCCCCAGCAAGCCUGCAGCUUCAUUUUUUUCUCUUGCCUUCCCCCCUCAAUUGCAUUUCCUCUUAUAGCUGCACACACAAACCCAGACGCGCACACAGCCACAUCCACUCCAACAGUCACACGCUCACCAGACCCAGCACCCGAAUACUGAAGAUUAAAGACGCGUUUGCAGCCGGGAUUGGGCGGAGGGGGGAGCAGCGAGCCGCUGCCCAGCGAAGGGAAAGAGGCCUGGCACAGCCCUGGCCCCCGGGCUGGGGGCGAGCUCCGCCCGACCGGCUCCCGCCCGCGCUGGGGGCCGGCAGGGGCUAUGCCAGGGCCCUGGCGACCGGAGGCUGCCGCUGAAGAGCUGUCGGGAUGGAGGUGAAGGGGGACUCAUGAGGAGGAGCCACCGCUGACAAAGACCUCCCUCCAGGGGGCUGGCUCCAGCCCCCCUCCCAGUCGCGGGUCGGACUUAUUGAUCUAUUUACUUGGGUCAAGGGGGGGCGGGAGGGAGGGCGAGUGGCGGCGGCCGGACCCGCGAUGCCGUCGGGCAUGACGAAGCAUGGCUCCCGUUCCACCACCUCCCUGCCGCCGGACCCUAUGGAGAUCAUCCGGAGCAAGGCAUGCUCCCGUCGAGUCAAACUGAACGUCGGGGGACUGGCCCACGAGGUCCUGUGGCGGACCCUGGACCGCCUGCCCCGCACACGGCUGGGUCGACUUAGAGACUGUAACACUCACGACUCGCUCAUGGACGUCUGCGAUGAUUACAGCCUAGACGGCAACGAAUACUUCUUCGACCGUCACCCGGGAGCCUUCACAUCCAUUCUGAACUUCUACCGCACUGGCAAGCUGCACAUGAUGGAAGAGAUGUGUGCGCUCUCCUUCAGCCAAGAGCUAGACUACUGGGGCAUCGAUGAAAUAUACCUAGAGUCUUGCUGUCAGGCAAGGUACCACCAGAAAAAGGAGCAAAUGAAUGAGGAGCUGAAGAGGGAGGCAGAGACUCUGCGGGAGCGAGAGGGAGAGGAGUUUGACAACACAUGCUGUGCUGAGAAGAGGAAGAAGUUAUGGGACCUACUGGAGAAGCCCAAUUCCUCUGUGGCUGCUAAGAUCUUGGCCAUCAUCUCCAUUAUGUUCAUUGUCCUCUCAACUAUUGCCUUGUCGCUCAAUACGCUUCCUGAGCUCCAGAGCCUGGAUGAGUUUGGACAGAGUACGGACAACCCCCAGCUGGCCCACGUGGAGGCUGUGUGCAUCGCCUGGUUCACUAUGGAAUACCUCCUUCGGUUCCUGUCCUCACCCAAGAAGUGGAAGUUCUUCAAGGGCCCACUCAAUGCUAUUGACUUACUGGCUAUUUUGCCCUACUAUGUCACCAUUUUCCUAACAGAAUCCAACAAGAGCGUGCUGCAGUUUCAAAACGUGCGCCGGGUUGUGCAAAUCUUCCGAAUCAUGAGAAUCCUCCGGAUCCUCAAGCUGGCGCGGCACUCCACUGGCCUGCAGUCUUUGGGGUUCACCCUCAGACGCAGCUACAAUGAGCUCGGCUUGCUGAUUCUCUUCCUGGCCAUGGGUAUCAUGAUCUUUUCCAGCCUGGUUUUCUUUGCUGAGAAGGAUGAGGACGACACUAAAUUCAAAAGCAUCCCGGCCUCAUUCUGGUGGGCCACAAUCACCAUGACCACAGUGGGCUAUGGAGACAUCUACCCCAAGACCCUCUUGGGUAAAAUCGUAGGGGGGUUGUGCUGCAUUGCAGGGGUCUUGGUGAUCGCCCUUCCCAUCCCCAUCAUCGUCAACAACUUCUCCGAGUUCUACAAGGAGCAGAAGAGACAAGAAAAAGCCAUCAAACGCCGGGAAGCCCUGGAGAGAGCCAAGAGAAAUGGCAGCAUCGUUUCCAUGAACAUGAAGGAUGCUUUUGCCCGAAGCAUAGAAAUGAUGGACAUUGUAGUGGAAAAGAACGGGGAGACCUUGGGGAAGAAGGACAAGGUCCAAGAUAACCACUUGUCUCCUAGCAAAUGGAAGUGGACAAAGAGGACCCUGUCCGAAACCAGCUCCAGUAAGUCCUUUGAAACAAAAGAGCAAGGCUCCCCAGAGAAGGCCAGGUCAUCCUGCAGCCCCCAGCAUCUGAACGUCCAGCAGCUGGAAGACAUGUACAACAAGAUGGCCAAGACUCAGUCGCAGCCAAACCUCAACACCAAGGACUCGGCCCAGCAGGGCAAACACCAGGAAGAGCUCGAGAUGGACAGCCUCCCUGGCCCCGUAGUGCCCCUCCUACCAACGCGCACGGAAGGGGUGAUCGACAUGCGCAGCAUGUCCAGCAUCGACAGCUUCAUCAGCUGCGCCACAGACUUCCCGGAGUCCAGCAGGUUCUCCCACAGCCCUUUGGCGUCCCUCUCUAGCAAAGCUAGCGGGCCUGUGGCCCAGGAGCUCGGCUGGCGGGGCCCUUUGGACUCAGGCGGGAGCAGGCUGUCGGACUCCAACCCGACCCCCGAUGGCAGCCAGAACUCCAGCUUCUUUAUCGAGAGCCCCAAGAGCUCCAUGAAGACAAACAACCCCUUGAAACUGCGGUCGCUGAAAGUCAAUUUCAUGGAAGGGGACCAAAGCUCCCCUUUGCCCAUGGGUAGCAUCUUGGGGCUGUAUCCAGACCCUCUGAGGAGCCGGGGCGGUGUCCCCGCCCCUGGCCUUGAGAGCGCCCUGCUUGCGGACCGAUCCUUGCUGAGCCCGGAGUCCUCCGUCUACACCACAGCAAGUGCCAGGACCCCCACCAAAUCCCCCGAGAAGCACGCAGCCAUAGCAUUCAACUUCCACGACGCCAGCAUCCAUCAGUACAUCGAUGCAGACACUGACGAUGAGGGGCAGCUGCUCUACAGUGUGGACUCCAGUCCCCCCAAGAGCCUUCACAGCAACACCAGUCCAAAGUACAGCCUCACCACCAGCGGGUUCCUCCGGCACAGGGACAGUGUGCACAGGAUGGACAAGAACCACCAGGAGCUCUCCCCUUUGCCCACCUCGCCCAAGUUUCUAGGGCAGAACUGUGUUUAUUCCAUGGAAACAUUGACUGGAAAGAACCAGAGAAGUCAAGAAAAGGGCAAAUUAGAUAAUCACAUAUCCCCAGAGGUCCAUGUGCUGCCAGGGGGUGGAGGUCAGGGAAGCACCAAGGAUCCGAGCAUCUGAAAAGCCCUAGGAUAGGAGACCUGAUGGCACGUUCUAGGGGAUGCUGUCCGCUCCCUCACCACUGAGCUUUUCUGCAUGAACUUUACAAAUGAAACAAGCCACUUGUUUCUAAAUAAAACAGAGAAUGAAGUAUAUCCAAGGAAAUGCCCAGAGCAGCCAAGCAAGUACCGCUCUGGAAGGAUCAUCUACGGAACUUCCCAGGCCGCAGUACACCCGUCAGAGUGAGGCUGGCCGGCUACACUAUCUCCUUGGAUCUCUCCUGUUACAUCCUUCUGUGGAGGGGCUGGGAACAAGGUCCACAGCAGUCCCAGUUUCCCCCUCCCUCCCUAGACUCUCUUCUCCCCCUAGCCUUGUACUCGGUACCUCCCUCAGUUCACUCAAAUGUUCCAGCCUUGGAUGGGGAUGCCUCCAUCCCUCCCAGGGAAGAACAGAGCAGGGUACAGGAGUAAACCCAAGGGAAAGGAAGGGACAGGGGAGGACGAGCCCAGUCAGCAGCCCGCUUCCCAAACAUUGGGCACACUGGUCCUCUGCCUCUCCGCUGGAGACAGCGUUUCAAGGGAGCAGGGGAUGCUUACAACAUGGGAAUGUGAGCAAUGGUACAAGCCAAGGUUCUGGCCUGAAAAACUUAUUGCAGACCCUUCAUCUACUUCAAUAUUCUGUAGAAACCUGAGCUUUUGUUUUGAGGUCAAAGCAGGGUGAGUUGCACCACUUGUAUCUGAUUUAAAUUGACUCCUUACCUUCUGGGGAGGGGUUGGUAACUCUGACAUUUACCCAGUGCAGUGAAUUUGGGCACCAAUAGAAUGUUGUGGGAGAAAACAAGAAUAUUUUUGGAGCUUUAGCUAGCCUAGAAUCAAAAAGAUAAUGUAAGUGUUAGAUAUGCAAAAGAAAUACCAUAAGCAAAGAGACCACAAGUGAGCCACAAUGAAAUCUAAUUGAUUUAAAACAGGAAAAAAACUGCAAAAUUCAAAAGGAAACUGAGCCCCCAUUUGCAACGCCCAGUUUAGACUCUUCAAUACAUCCUUCCAUGACAGGCUAUAGCAACUAUAAAGGGAUUAACUUUUGUUUCUGCGAUAUUCACGCUAAAAAACAAAACAAACAAAAAUGCUAUAAACAAAAAGCACUUUAUGGUCUCUCAAAGGUGGGAUCUACCAAGGACAGCAUAAACAUCUAGCACUUUAAAACAAGCACUAUUUUCAUGGGGGCCACCUGUCGUGACUGGCGAGGUUGUCAUUAAGACGUUGGUCACUGGUCCAGUUGGCCAUGUGACCUGUGCACUGUUAUCCCUCUGUGUCGUGUCUGUAUCUGAGGGCUCACCUCCCCCUUCCCCAGCCCCACGAAACUAACCUGUUAAUCCCCAUGAGUCUUAAGAGAAAAGGUUUCUAACACCCCAAUAACAGUGCAGGUGACCUGGAAAAUUAAUCCUCGAGUCUACCUGUCCAAGGGACACCACUGCUGCACCGCUGAGGAAAUCGGUCGAGAGUCUGGAAUCAGGUGUCUCUGUUCCUUUCUUGUAAACUAGUCUUGGGUCUGUUUUCGGUGUAAUUGUCUGUACAUAAUGCUGUGCUCUCAUAUUCCUGUGACCAGUGAUGGCCAGGGCAGCCUGUACAGACAACAGCAAUAAGUACAUGUGUACGUUGUCAGUGGUUGUAGUUCUCCUGUCCUUAGUACAAUGACUUUCUAUGCUGCAUUAUACACCUGGCUCUCCUCCCACCUCAGCAUGCUGGGGGAGAUGAAUUCUCACUGAGUCAGGGUGGGCUCUGCGUGGGCUCUGUCCUUGCCAGGUGACAGAGAAAAGUAGCAACUGGAAGUACUUGCCAAGGUCUGUUCACAGUGCAUGUGCAGCAAAUGCAAGUGUACUUAGAAGAAUUGCUGCAAAGUAUUCCCGGUUUCCUUCUGUUGGCCUGGGAAUGUAGCACACUCUAUGGCAACUAUUCACCAAGGGGGCUUUCUCUGGCAAGCUAACUGGGGUGGCCUAUUUGCCUGUGAGAGGCAAUGGGAAGUAGUCCAAAACAACAACGUCCGCCGUUCUUAGCAUCUUCUCUUUGUUUGGGUCGCCAUUCAUGUUCGUCAUCAGCACAAAUGUGAAAAUUCAGGGAAAAAAAAAUAGCUUUUUUUUUUUUUAACAUAUAUUAUAUAUGUAUAUAUAUAAAAAGUAAAUAGUAAUGAUUUCCAAUUGAGAAACUUUUAGAGCUGAUGCUAUUCUAUUAUGUUUUAAAAAAAUGACAUUGCAUAUUUUACAUAUCAGGAAAGUGAACACAUUUAAAUAUAGCCAUAUACCAAGGGAACUCACCAACCCUAUUUUAAAUUGAUGCAUCUUAUUUGCAGGUGAUGUUGACAAGAGGUGUCUAGAUCAGUAAUAUGUCAAGUUUUGGUUUGGUUUUUAAAACUGAAAUCAAUUGGUGCAACUCUCCUUGUAACCAAAGGCCCGGUCUGCCUUGUGUGGUCACUUAGGACUUAACCCUUAGCUCGCCUAUUUUGUCUCACUUUAAAGUAGCAUUUUGAGUCACUUUUGAAGGAUGAAUUCAGAAGUAUCCUUAAAAAAAAAACCUACCUUUUGUGGCAUCAGAGCCAAAAUCCUAUAGAUUUCUUAUAGAAACAGAAUCACGGAGACCCAGCAUAUACUAUGCUUGAAGAAUGUUUUGAUUUCUUUUUAUUUUUCACUUUUGUGUGUAUGUAUUAUGGGAAAUGUAGCUCUUACCGUGCUCCCAGUUCAAAAUAAAAACAUAACGAAUCCAAAUUUUUUAAUUAUGUGGAUGUUAUGUGUGUGCACAUACAGUUUUGUGCUUAGGUACACA